AUGUCGUUCCUCGUGUUGUCUCCUGUUUCAUCUCCUUCUUCUUCUUCUGCUUUAUCAUUUGCUUCCUCGUUGGAUUCUGAAAGUUUUGUUUCUUUUGCCUACUGUAAUAAUCCUCCACUGACUUGGCCUGCUCUGAGUAUGUAUAGACGAAACAAUGGGAAGAAGCUUAUGGCAGACAGGUUUGUGAAGCAUGCCAUGGAAAUUAUUUAUCUCCUGACUGAUCAGAAUCCAAUUCAAGUCAUCGUUGAUGUUGUUAUCAACAGUGGGCAUCGUGAGGAUGCUACUCGAAUUGGUUUUGCUAGUGUUGUAAGGCGUCAAGCUGUUGAUAUUUCUCCACUUUGUCGUGUGAAUCAAGCCAUUUAUCUCCUUACCACUGGUGCUCGUGAGUCUGCAUUCAGAAACAUUAAGACCAUAGUUGAAUAUUUGGCCGAUGAACUGAUUAACGCCGCACAGGGAUCAUCUAACAGCUAUGCCAUCAAGAAGAAGGACGAAAUUGAGUGUGUUGCUAAGGCCAAUCGUUGAGGAAUUGGAAGGAGCUUGCUUAAUCCAUGGAA